GAUAAAAACCGUGACUUUCUCUCCAUUGUGGCGCUGGAGAAACUCAACCGUGUCUGGCAUCUAUUUUCCCCCUACACACGUGGGCCGGGCACCGGUGCCCUGCUCUGUUGCUCGCUGCUGGACGUCGCUGUAACACGCACGUGGCAGAGCUUCUAGGCGGCAAUGCAGUGGUGAACACCGACUGCCACACAGAGCCACAGAGCCAGAAUACAAUUACACGGCAAGAUUUGAGGAGUGUACCUCAAUCUCAGGACACCACCGCUCGCUUCAUUAAGUGAACACAGGAAUCUCAAAUCGUCAAGGCGUUGAUGCUUAGUGAAACAUAAUCACUGUAUAGUCAAUUUCAUCUGCCAUAAUGACUGUAGUGAGUGUGGUACGCUACGGGGUGAUCCUGUGGACAGUUCUGGAAGUGGCCGGGACGAGCCAGAGCAGCAAGGAAAAGACAUUCGUGGCAGGGACCCGUGAGCCAUCACCGAGUGUUGAGGACGACACCAACAACUUGUACCUUCCUUCCAGCCAGCAGAGCACAGGUAGUUUGCCGGCGUGGGCAGUGUCGGCGGGGGUGGCAGUCGCUCUUCCCAGCACCCACUCCCUCACUGGCUUACCCUGGUGGACGUCCCUUCCUGCCACUCCUGCCAUACGUCUGGACGAGGAGCGCCGCGUGCAGGACUCCAGUCUUUCAGUGCGCCAUUAUCUUGCUUCACGAAACUCACCUCCCAGCGUCUCCCUCACCAGCAUACCGCACGUCCUGCCGCUGCCCCUCAGCCCUCACCACAAGCCAUCCUCGCCAGGCCUUGCCAAAGGCUCCAGCUUGCUACAGUCUUUACACUCUUCCAACUCUCCCCGCCCUUCAUUUGGAAACGAAAACAAAGACAAAAAGAAAAGCUACAAUAACGAAGAAAACUUACUGCAAAAUGUACAGAUGAAGAACGAAAUUGUCCCUUCAGAAAGACGAAGGCGAGCCAGUGUCGGAACAUACGACAUUCCAGUGAGUGUCGUCAGUUACAGUCCCACCAGCCACUUCUUCAUGCAUGAAUUACUCGACCCUCAGCUCGGCCGAAAGUCAAUCCUUGAAUCACCUCGAUACUUCACAAGAAAUCGACAAAUUCCAUCUUCGUCCUCUGCGCCCAUAGUUUUUCCAGGACCAACCGUAGUCGCCAGUACAACCACGCCCCCUCCUCAUAUCGUCUACCCCACUGAAUCUACCUUCCCGUCAACAGUGUCUCACAAUGUCACCCUACCUUCCAAGACCACCGAUCAAGGACUGCAGGAUCAAGGGCUAUCCUCUACAGCGGCGACCCCGCCCGAUCCCGGCGUGACGGACAACCGAGUGAUCAUCGUGGUACCGUGCAGAGGGCUGUGCAAGAUAUCGGCAGGCAGAGUGUGUGUUACGGACCAAAAUUGUCUCACGCGACAGCACGGGAAGUAAACGUCAGGAAAGGAACAAAGGUAGUUUGACGGCGUGGGCAGUGUCGGCGGGGGCGGCAAUCGCCCUUCCCAGCACCCACUCCCUCACUGGCUUACCCUGGUGGACGUCGCUUCCUGCCACUCCUGUCAUACGUCUGGACGAGGAGCGCCGCGUCCCGGACUCCAGUCUUUCAGUGCGCCAUUAUCUUGCUUCACGAAACUCGCCUCCCAGCGUCUCCCUCACCAGCAUACCGCACGUCCUGCCGCUGCCCCUCAGCCCUCACCACAAGCCAUCCUCGCCAGGCCUUGCCAAAGGCUCCAGCUUGCUACAGUCUUUACACUCUUCCCACUCUCCCCGCCCUUCAUUUGGAAACGAAAACAAAGACGAAAAGAAAAGCUACAAUAACGAAGAAAACCUACUGCAAAAUGUACAGAUGAAGAACGAAAUUAUCCCUUCAGAAAGACGAAGGCGAUCCAGUGUCGGAACAUACGACACUCCAUUGAGUGUCGUCAGCUACAGUCCCACCAGCCACUUCUUCAUGCAUGAAUUACUCAACCCUCAACCAGCACCUGGCCAAAAAUCAGUCCCUGAAUCACUUGAGGAAUUUGCAACAAAUUACCAUCUUCCAUCUUCGUCCUCUGCGUCCAUAGUUUUUCCAGGACCCACUGCAGUUAACAAAAUCACUACUACCCCCAAUCCCUAUCACCACAAUAACUGGACACGAACCCGGCAUAAUCCCCGACGUGCCAUGCCGGCCCUGUUAUGUCAGUGUAGGCAGAGAUUGUGUUCCGAUCUCUAAUUGUGAUGGUAGGUUUCCAUAAGAACAUAACAUUGAAAAUCAGGGAAGCUGCAAGAAGCCUACAGGCCUAUUCGUGGCACUCCCUGUAACCUAUUUCUUCCUAUGCUAACCUAUUUCUACAUAUCCUCACCCACAAAUUUGUCUGGUAUUCUUUUAAAGUGAACAUGAAAGGGGAACAAGAAAGAAUUCCGGUGAACUGCAGUUGAGAGAAGGAUUGGAUUCAUCAUUGAAUACCAAAGUGUACUUUUACUGUGAAAGACGGAUUAAAUAAGAUUUUAUUUCUGUAACAGAUAGUAACAUGGAGUGAGACCUCUGUUACAGCUGUUCUGAAUGUAACACUAAUAUUUCAGGGUGGUUUCUCCAUCACACAGGCCAGAGAAGAAAGUAGUAUUUUCCAAAAUGGAAUAAAAAAAAAAAAAAAGAAAGCGUGGGAAUUGAUAACACACAUUAGUCGCAAUGCCCCAAAAAGUUAACGGCUACUUCUCUGCAAGCAAAAUUCUUCUUUCCACCGAGCCUGUUGUCUUGCUGCCUCCUGUAUACACCCUUGCUGCUCUGAACAUUACAUUCACCUGCUUCUUCCACUUCAAUUUUCUACAAAGGUACAAUGCAAAGAAUGAAUUAGGUGUUCUUACGUGCACUUUGAGGAAAGGAAUGAUGUGUUGAGGGCGUGUCAAGUCUCGAGGUUGAAGUGUCUAUGAAGCCCGGAUGAAAACGAUUAUUGAAAUUUAUUUAUGUACCUUAAUGUUUCCCUCCCUCUCUUUCAUAUCUUUCUCUUUUUAUUCUCUCUCUCUCUCUCUCUCUCUCUCUCUCUCUCUCUCUCUCUCUCUCUCUCUCUCUCUCUCUCUCUCUGGGAUCUUGUUGAUAAUAUGCAAGCCCCCCCCUCCCACACACACACACACACACACACACACACACACACACACACACACACACACACACACACACACACACACACACACACACACAUCAAUAAGAAAAACAGCUCAUUCGCGGUGUUUUCUUAUCGCCGUCAUUACUGCCAUUAUUAUUAUUAUUAUUAUUAUUAUUAUUAUUAUUAUUAUUAUUAUUACUAUUGUUGUUGUUUGUUGCCUCUUGGAACUGUCUUUAUGAGGAGAAUUUUAAAAUGUCGAUGUUUGUUUCUUAAAUGUUCCUGCAUUCGUUUCUAUAAUCAUAUUUACAAGUGAAGAUGUAAGAACUGAAACGUGUUGUAACAGGCUGAUAUAUUAUGAAGUACAGGGUGAUGGAUUUUUAUGUGUUCUUGGUAGCGCACGUCACGGUGAGCCUUGGGGGUUGCUGUGUGGCGGCCUUGAGGAGGCGAGUUGUGUGUGAGCUGACUUGCGGUGAUAACUUGCCCCCACUCACUGGUUUUCUCUGCUUUCUCUGUUCCUCGAAAGAUGUCCAGCUAUACAAAAGCUUAUAUAGUAAGCAAACAAAGAGUUAUUUCCUGUUCACACGCCUCUUUCACUCUUUCACUCCUUUCCCUCCACUACACACACACACACACACACACACACACACACACACACACACACACACACACACACACACACACACACACACACACACACACACACACAGAC